AUGUCGAAGAGGCUGUCGAAUGGCGCAACAGACCUGGCAGAUCCGUCGCGGCCUAAACGAGCUCGAGUCGGUGCAACUGAAGCAGGGACUUCAGACGGGGAUGUCUACAUGUCGGAUCAUGAGGGAACUGACGCUGAAGACGAUGGCGGUGAGCAUGGACGUGCGACGAGGCCACCGAUGACGCCCGAGGAGGUCAGGAUCCAUGGGUUGACAUUGUUGCAGACACUAAAGGAUGCGGUCAGCAAAGACGGUCGUCCCUUGGCUCCUCCGUUCUUGCGCAAGGUCCCCAAGAGGCACUAUCCCGACUACUAUGUCAUUAUCCAACACCCCAUAGCUUUUGAAGACAUCAAGUCCAAGCUGGACAAGGGCGUGUAUCCCACUCUAGAAGCGGUUCGGCAAGACUUUGAACUCUGCUUCAACAAUGCCAUGACAUACAAUCUCUCGGAGAGUCAGCUCUGGAAGGAUGCAAAGGACUUGUUGAAACUCACGAACAAAACGUACAGCAAGAUUGUUCCCAGUGAAAAUGGCGAGAAAAAGUCGAAGCCUCCGAGCUUGACUCGCAUGUUAAAAAGCAGACUGCAGAAACUGGUGGAUAAGAAGGACGAGACUGGCCGUCCAAUAUCAACCGAAUUCAUGGAGCUCCCGUCUCGAAAACUGUGGCCGGAUUACUACAAAACGAUCAAGAAACCCCAGUGUUUCAAUAACAUUUUCAAGCGGCUCAAGCGCAAGGAAUUUUCAACGAGUGAAGAGUUUGCCAACGAGGUUGAACUCAUCUUCAGCAAUGCCAUGUUCUUCAACCAGGACCAUACACCUAUAUGGGAGGAUGCCUUGACGCUCAGAAACACUUUCCGUCAGUUAAUGUCUGACCUCCCACCCCAAUACGCCGUGCCUCAGUACACACAGCCGACGACGAAAAUCAAAAUUAAGCCACCGGCCGCCCAGGCUUCGUCGUCGGGACAUACCCCUUCCCUCACCCUUCGAGUGCCUGCUGCAACACCAGCUUCCAAGCCUUCUCUUCCCCCGCCCACCCUUCCAGUUGCUAGGAAUACUGCAGCACCCAGGCCAGAGCCCACUCGAUCACCUGUUGUUGCUCCUACUCCUGCUCCUGCUCCACCACCUCCGGUCGCUAAGGCACCGAGUCCCAAACUUCCUGUGAUGAAGGUAACCGCUACGCCGAAACCUGCGCCCAGUCCUCGUACAGUAGCUACCCCAGUUAAGCAAGCCACUCCACUCCCUGCCCCAGCACCAUACGCAACCACUUCUUUCAUCCAUACACCUGCACCCGCUCCAGUACAUGUUGCGCCCCCGCCUGCCCCACCGGUUGUUGCGGAGAUUCCUGUGGCUCCUUCAGUUCCGGCUGCGGUCCCAGCUGCACCUCCAGCUCCCAGUCCAGCGCCAGCGAUUUCCAAUCAACAUCAGUUAAAGUGCGCCAAAGUGGAAAUACAACCUCGUGGACGAGUUGUAUGGCUUGAUCACAAGGACGGAGUGCGGUCUUGGGCGAUUCGAUUAGGUCCAGGAGAGUCGCGGAUUAUCCUCAAUAAUGUCAUGUUCCUCAACCAACAUGACGAUGAUGAUGGGACUAGCGAGGAGGAAGAGGAGGAAGACGAAGGGGAUGAUGAUAUGGACGUUGAUCAUAGUCCGGGAAGGAAUGGAAAGGUUAGGAAGGAGAAGGGGAAGCGACGGCGGGGGCGACCUCCUACUCGCGCUUCUGCAAGGCAGGCGAACUUGAAAUCCGCCAAGAGUAAAGACUCUCCUUCGAAGCCUGGAGAAUUACAGGUGAAUGGGACAUUCAUUUACCUGUUGGCCAGAGCGUCUUGGAAGACCAACACCACCGCUAUCUUUUGGGAAAUGUCGGCUGCAAGUGUCCCCAAGGUCGAGGAAGAAGAGAAGAAGAUUCAGAACGGAGAGCAACCCGUUGUGGAGCAACAGGAGGAAAAUGAAGAGGGAGACGAGGAAGUUGAGGACGGUGCGCCUGUAGAAGGUGCGGCGAAAAAGAAAAAGAAGAAGAAAAAACCCAAGAAGAAAUCUGGAAAAACUGGGCAGAGUGACCCUCCUCGCGUUGGACUUUCCAAGUUCUUCCCCGAUGGAAACUAUCCUGUUGGAGAGAUCCAGGAGUACAAGGACGAUAAUCGAUAUCGUAUUACUUCUGAAGAAAAGCGCUAUGAAGAAAGGUUGGCUAUGGAAGAUCCGGAGAUGACCUACAACAACAUCAGAAAAGCCGCUGAAGCGCACAGGGUUGUUCGUCAACACGCUCAAAAAUGGAUUAAACCUGGAAUGUCUAUGACGGAUAUCGCGAACAUGAUUGAAGAUGGAACUCGUGCCGUCGUAGAGGAGAACGGAUUGGAGGCUGGAAUUGGGUUCCCUACAGGACUCAGUUUGAACCAUUGCGCCGCCCAUUAUACGCCUAACGCAGGUGAUAAUAUCGUGCUGAAGGCGGAAGAUGUCCUCAAGGUCGAUAUUGGUAUUCAAGUUAAUGGUCGCAUAGCCGAUUCUGCCUUUACCCUCAACUUCGAGCCGACGUACGACAAACUCAUCGAGGCUGUCAAGGCCGCGACGGAAACUGGUGUUCGAGAAGCCGGUAUCGAUGUCCGCCUAGGCGAAUUGGGUGGGUUGAUCCAAGAGACCAUGGAAUCCUAUGAAGUCGAGGUCGGAAACAAGGUGUACCCUGUUAAACCCAUCUCCAAUCUCAGCGGCCACUCCAUCAAUCGCUAUCAAAUUCACGGCGGUAAAUCCGUGCUGUUGGUCAAGAGCGAAGAUGACACCAAGAUGGAGGAGGGUGAAUACUUCGCCAUUGAGACUUUCGGAUCGACUGGCCGGGGUCGCAUUGUCGAAAGUGGAGAAUGCUCUCAUUACGCCAAAAGGGUGGAUGCACCUCAUGUGCCCCUCCGGCUGACCACCGCCAAGUCUUUGUUGAACACGAUCAAUAAGAACUUUGGCACGCUACCCUUCUGCAGACGUUAUCUAGAUCGUCUGGGGGAAACCAAGUACCUCUUGGCUUUGAACCACCUGGUCCAACAAGGGAUCGUAGAGGAUUACCCUCCCCUUUGCGACAUUCCUGGCUCUAUGACUGCACAGUUUGAACACACGAUUCUAUUGCGCCCGACGUGCAAGGAAAUUGUGACGCGUGGAGAUGAUUAUUGAUCGGAGCCAGAUACGAGCGAAUGCGGGGUUGGGCACCCGGAGUACUAGAUUGGCUUUAUUCACCCAAUCUGCUUUCAAGUCCUGUACUGUAGUUGGUUCAGGACGUGUAUCAUAUAAAUACUGGCGCCUCUGCGCUUUUUCUGG